GGUCCAUCGCUUGCAUACCAGACUUUACAUAUGCAGGUUCUUCCGAGGCUGUGACCUCCAGUGUUAUCGUAUGCAGUCUAUAUAACCUGGUUAUCACCUAAUAAGCUGUAGUAGAUUUACUUCCAGCAAUAAUAAGACAAACAUAAACAAUGGAAAAGGGCGUCGAGUCAAGUUCAGGUGCAACACGCGUCAUGCUAUGGACUUAUCCACGGACACGAUCAUUGUCGGUAGAGUUUGCCAUGGCAACGCAGCCAAACAUCGCGGUACAUCAUGAACUAUACUAUACUGCGUAUUUAUUCGGUGGUAAUGUUGACGACGACGAAAACGACAGUGACAUGGGGUUCACAUUCAAUGAAGUGAAAAAACGCUUAGAAGUUGUGGACGAAGGAAAAUCUGUUGUGUUUGCCAAAGACAUGGCAUACAGCUUAGAAGGUAACUUUCAUAAUUUGCCCAAGGGAUUUCGACACUCUUUUCUAAUCAGAAACCCGGAGAAGUCGAUUGCUUCUCUCUACAACGUGUUCUGUGAAACAGAAUCACGUCGACCAGAGGACCGAGCUGUGCAGAUGUCGGGCGUCGGCGAACUCUAUGAAUUGUAUAUGCUUGUGAAGACGAAACAAAAGUCAACUCCCCUUAUUAUUGACUCAGACGACCUGAUCCGAUUUCCUGGCCAGAUUCUGCGCAAGUACUGCGAUAAAGUUGGAAUAAAGUACAAUGAUACUAUGUUGUCAUGGAAACGCGGCAAACAGAAAGUGGCACAUUGGCCAGAACCGUUAAAAGAUGCAGCAUUCAUGUACGAAGACGCUGUGAACAGUUCUGGUUUUGAUUACAACUUGUCGUCGCUGGGGACGCUAGACACGUCCAAGCUUCCACAGUCGGUGAUAACCUGCAUGGAGUCGUGCAAACCACUCUAUCUUGAUAUGUGGGAGAACAGAAUCAAGCCCGACACGGUGGAAACAGAUAUUUGAUUUUCAAAUCGCCGUCUAUGUUUGUAUGGAGUACAGUUACUAGUUUACGUAUGUAACUUGACAAGGUGUGAACACUCUUUUUCGAAGACUUGGGGACUUGGGGUUGAAGAUGCUGUAUAUUGAAUAUCUGUUUCCUUUACUGAGUUUUGUUUUUUUAUUGUUCAAGUAAGACUCCUUCUUACUGCUUAAUACAUAUUCUUAUACACAAAUGCAUAUCACAUGGACCAUAACUCAAUUGUAUAUUACGUAAUUAUUAGUCGAGAUUCGAAAUGCGCCUGGCCACUGAAGGAGCAAAUGCGCCCCGUAGUAUGUCACGAUGAAAUUUAGUGUGUAGUGGAUGUGCACUUACAAUGACUAGGUGGACAUGCGAAAUGUAUCCAUAUACGUAUACGUAUACAAAUGUAAUCUAGAAUACAGAAUGAUAGAAAAUGGUAUGGUAUUGCUAGAAAAGAAACAUUUUCCUGAUAACCAAACUGAAUCACGUGGAUUAGCGUUAAUUAUUAAUAAAUGAAGAUUGGUACAGCUGUAUUUCAUUAACACAUUUUUUUUGUUACCUAAUAAAUAUUCUCAGCGUUAAAAUUUA